CUGAUCUGGAUCCCGGCCAAGCAGACGACAAAACCGGCAGACUUUUUCAUAAACCGGCGAUCAAAGAGGAACAAGUUAUGAUGAAAUGUUCGACAGGAGAGAUACUUAAAAUUAACACACCAGAGAAAAUGAAAAAGGCAUCUGUGGUAUUGGAAAAGUUGGCAAUGGGAGAUACAUUUCGUGGCAUUCGUACAGAUUAUGAAAAAACGGGCAUUAAAUCGUCCAUUAAUAGCCUUCAGCCCGAUAAAUCUUUUUCAUAUUCAAUUGAAUAUAAAGUAAAACAUAACAGUAGCGCGUCAAACCAAUAUUUCAAACCCAAAUCCAGCAAUAUAAAGACCUCAAGUAAUCAGAAAAAGCCAGCCAAGAGUACAUCUCCAGGACAAAGGGCCACCUCUGGUCAUGUAAACGUAUUAUCACGUGAUUCACCAAAAGAUAGCAAAUUCCGUUACAUUCAUUCAAAUAAGAAUAUCUAUAAGAACUUGAAACCUACCCCAGGUCUGAACUUGACUUCGAUGACCAUUAAACACGAAGAUAAUGCUAGAAUUAGGGGUUCCACAUCAAGGGACAAAUAUGAUAGUAGUCUGUCACUAGAAAAUCAUUCUUCUGAUGAUAAAACAAAAAGGUUGCCUGCAUCAGAUAUAUUGUGUUCCCUCCAACUUUCAUCUGCUAGUGAUGUUAAAAAAUUCCCCCAUUUACAAACUUCCACGAAGACCAGUCCUCCGAAAGUAAAGACGACAUCAACGCAAGCCAAUCUGCCUGUGUUAAGACACUCUGACAUGAAACCAAGAACAGAAACACAAAAACAAAAUCAGGCUUUCAUGACAUUUAUUGAACAUAAAGCUGAUUCAGAGGAAGUGAUGGCGUCCGCACUUAGAGAAGCCAGAGCUCGUUUUACUUCCAAACUAAAAAAUAUCGCAACCGAACCUUACGAUAAUCUACCUGUAGAUCAAGAUACAGAACAAGUCCAGAGAUGUAAAGUUGUUCCCAGUAUUCUUUCUCAUGUCAAACACAGACCCCCAACUGUCCGAGAACUACUCAACAGGAAAGACGAGCUGGUCAUAAAUGAUCAAAGACAUGGUGAUAUAUCCAUGACAAAGGAUGCUGUGAAUACAAAUAUCAAAGCAAAAAGACCCACAAAAUCAACUCUUCCUCGCCGAAAUAUUUCUAGAAAAAGAGAUUCUGUUUCGUUUAUGGUAUAUGGAAAAUCUUCGGAAGGAAAUCAGUUAAAGGACGAAUUAGGCGAAGAAUUACCAAACAAGUGCGAGAAAUCCCUCACAAAGAGAUAUAAGAAUACACGCUAUACAAUACCAUUUCAAAAGCCGUCAAUUGUUGUUCCAAAAGAUUACCAUACUUUCGUAAGAGCAGUGAGAUCAAAAUUAGAACCGACUAUAACUGUAACAGGUCUUCCAGGACUGACGGAGAACACAAGCAAAUUACUGAGACGAAGAUACAAGAAAACAGGAAAGGUAACGACUGUGCCCAUUGGGACUAAAACCACCGAGUCACAAAUUCGACUCUGUCCUCGUAUUCACACCAUGAAGAAAACACAGGGUCUUUUGAAUAUAAACAGCAUUCAAGCUCCGCAUAGUCCAACUUGCAAAUCUUUCGAAAAGAAGGCACAGUCGCGUGUAUCACAAUCUUUAUCACCGAACAAAAAUGUUACAACUUGCCUUGAAAAAUCCCCAGAAUUCAUUUUGAAAGGACACAGUUCAGCGAUAUCACAGUUUUAUGCUAUUCCCACAUCGAAAAGAGACUGUGAAUCUAUUGCAGAACAAAAACAUUUGGAUACCGCCAUGGCAAUGUCAAAUUAUGACGCCAUAGACGACCCCACCAUCGAUAUAGACAUGUCGUCUUUCUGCCGAGUACCUAAUAACUCGCCAGUUAGACUAACUCCAGUCCUCCCGGAGAGACAAUGCACCGGAUGUUUUUAUUGUGAAUAUGAACAAAUAAUGAAAAGUAUCGAUAACAACUGCCUCAUAGAAGUUCCACAGAAGAUGUCGGAUCAUGCUUACACAAAAACACCCUCGACGACUUUUGAAAAAACUGGUAAUUUCGAUGAAGAAUCCGGUAAUUCAGGUAUAAAUGUGAAUUCAAAUGACACACUAAUAACAACACAUUCUGCAGAAACAAAAUUACAUACAGAAAAAAUAGAAAAUAAUGUGCCAUUUUAUGCCUUUCAGUUUGGUGACAAAAUUUUACUCAUGCCAUGUUCAGCGCAAAAUCUUAAACUUCAAAUUUCAACAAAGAGGGAGGAGAAAAUGAACCUCGGUCAUUUGAAAUUCAGUGGCGGCGUUCAUAAGAAAAAGCGUCAGAGAAAAACUACUUUUCCAAAAAAGAACAACUUUAGAAAUAUGUGCAAAGAUCAGAUGAAAUUUUCUAAGGUUCUUGACUUGCAUCCAUCGAAAGAGAAAUCGAAAAGUGCAACCGGUAUUGAACUUGUUGUUGAUGUAAUGCAGGAAAAUGUGAAUGGCAGAAAUCCUGAAUUACGGCUGUAUGCACCAGUCAUUCUGAUAGAACGUAGCAUUGAUGGCAUAUUCACUCAUAUUUCUAAAGUCGCGUGUCUCAUGAUAAAGAAUGGUUCAGACGCAGAGUUAAAACGAUGGAAUGACUUUGAGGAUUACCCAGUACGAUUGAAAACGGACAAUAUAUCAGGGGCCAUUAAUGAAAUUGAGAUCGACACUUGUAUUCAAGGUCUGUACAAAGUCAUGAAAACAGGACAGAAGUCCAUGUCUACAUGUGUUUCUAAAACCAUUGCUAUUUUAUCCACCGUGCUACCGAACGUAACCACCAUAUUGAACGACUCCAUGUUUUUGGCUAUUGGGCCCACCAUCAGCUAUUACGACAUCGAGCAACCGGCCAAUAUUCAGAAACAUAGAAAUAUGCAGUAUUUGCUGACCACCGUGGAAAGCGUCGUUAGACAACCUGUACAGGAAUCGGUUGUGAGUGACAGAAGUUACAGACCAAAGUGUCACUCUCCCAGCUGGUAUCGCGCACCCAGGUUUGACGCCUUCACGCGCCUCUAUUACAGACAGAGGAAAUUCUCUACCACAGGGGAUAAACCAACUGACAUCGUCUUCACGAGUCUUUAAGAAGUGAACAGUGUAAC